CUGCCGCUCAAGUGUUGCAUGCUGAAGAGAGAGAACGCUGUAGGAUGAAGGCUCGACCUGCGAGAGGACACGGGGGGCAAUGAAGAUGAAGAUAAGAGUGUACCAAGGGGUUAGUGGCAUCAUCAUCGUCACCAUGGUUACCAGCAUUAUGUUGGUGUACAACAGCGGCUCCGGUGACAGAUCCCCUUCGUCAUCAGCAUUAUCAUCAUCAUCAGCUUCAACUUCCCGCCGGUUAGAUGCUGCGAGUUCGGCCACAAAUAAGCCGGAGAGACUGCAGAGACUCAUGAUAUCUACACUCGAUGGGUACGCAGGUGUCAUGGAUCAUAAGUCUUUGAAGAUGCGUUGCAGUACUUGUGCUCUGGUGACCAGCUCGGGUCAGCUGACUGGGAACAAGCGGGGUGAAGAAAUCGAUCGCUCUGAAUGCGUCAUCCGCAUGAACGAUGCUCCCAGCGAAGGCUACCAGCAGGACGUCGGGCAACGCACCAGCCUGCGCGUUGUAGCACACUCCAGCCUGCAGAUGGUGCUGCGGAGCAGACAGGAGCUGCUCAAUGCCAGCCAGGACGCAGUGUUCAUCUUCUGGGGACCAAGCAGCUGCAUGAGACGGGAUGGAAAAGGUCACGUUUACAACAACCUGAGGCUGAUAAACCAGCGACUGCCCAAACUCAAAAUCUACAUUAUUUCUCGGAGCAAGAUGCUGAAGUUUGAUGAACUAUUUAAAAAGGAAACAGGGAUUGACAGGAAGAUUUCCAACUCCUGGCUGAGUACUGGCUGGUUCACCAUGGCCAUAGCCCUGGAGCUGUGUGACAGGAUCAACGUGUAUGGCAUGGUGCCCCCGGAUUUCUGCAGGUCCUCCUCCCAUCCCUCCGUGCCGUAUCAUUACUACGAGCCCCUGGGGCCCGACGAGUGCUCCAUGUACCUUUCCCACGAGAGGAGUCAGAGAGGAAGCCACCACCGCUUCAUCACGGAGAAGACAGUGUUUGCUAACUGGGCCCGGGCCCUCGACAUCCACUUCUACCAGCCGCACUGGGAGCCCGCAGCCAUCGUUGCCAGCAUGAACAGCUCGUGCGCUCCGGCUCCUGCUGGAUCCUGAUUCUCUCUCCGCAGACGAUCCUAAGAGGUGUGGGAUAUGAGUGUGGACAGCUUCCGGUGUGCAGAACGCCAUGUCUGGUCAAUGCACGUGGCAGCAGCAGGACUGAAUGAGCAGCUGCGGCUGUUAGACGGCUGCUGUACUGUAAAAAGCUUGGAAGAAUAGAAUCAUUGCAUUAGCAGCACAAAGGCUCAACAAUGGUAUAGAAGUGUAACUACUAUAGAAUGGAUUUCAUAGAGGUUGGCUCAAGUGUGUGUUUUUACAGAGCUGCCUUAAUAACGAGCCGUCAGAGAGCGGACACAUGAAGAGGCUACACACCACUGCAACAACUGGAGUAGGACUGAUCAAAACUAAUCACAGAUUGAUUGAGGUCAUGUCGUCUGUAUGGUUGUUGGAUUUUAAUUCAAAUUAAUUUAUAUUCUACAGCUACACACAACAAAUUGUGUUUUUUUUCCAGAGGCUAAUUGUGAUAUUUUUAGAGUCACUGCCUUAAUUUGUUUUUAUCGUUUCAUUUAUACGUUUGUACAUUCUAAAGAAGAAAAAAUGAAGGCAAGGAAGACAACAGCACAUAUGUUUAUACAUAUAUAAUACAUUCUUCUCAUAAAUGUCAAAGAGAAAACAAGCCUCUGUAUUGCAGUAAGCCAGUUAUACAGAGGUGUGGGGUAUAAUGAUAUACAUUUAAGGAAUAAAGGAAAAACUAUGGAAUCGAAUUAAAAGAAUACAAAUCAUUAAAAAGGAUAAGAAGCUCUUGACAGGUUUUUCAC